CGUCAUUCCAGCUUCACUAUAUCCCGGACAUCGCAGGAUACUAAGAAUGAUGUCUAAGUCUGACUGCUUUCCCUCAAGAAAUGUGCUUGCCAGCAUAGCGGCACCUAUGGUCAAUCAAAGCGAUCUCCCUUUCCGGAAGCUUGUUCGAGGCUACGAUGCUACCCUGGUUUACACCCAAAUGCUUCUCCCAGAGAGACUGCUUGACGAUCAGGAAUAUUUGGACUUCCAUCUGCGAGGUCUCGGCGGUCCGGAAGAUAGACCUGUUGUGGUGCAGCUUUGUGGAAACGAUCCGGAAACGGUGGUGAAAGCUGCCCGGAAGAUGCAGGUACAUUGUGACGCAAUAGAUCUUAAUCUCGGCUGUCCUCAGGAAGCAGCGCGAGAUGCCCAUUACGGGGCAUAUUUGUUAGGCCAGAAGGAUUGGCCUCUUGUCGAGAGUAUCGUAUCCUCAAUGUCACACUCGCUGAUUGUUCCUGUUUCUGCCAAAUUGCGCCUUUGUCAGCCAGCUUCCGCUACUCUAGAUCUUGCCCAGCGGCUCGAGAACGUAGGUGCAUCUUGGAUAACUCUCCAUGCCCGGACUGUCUCUGCACGACGGAGACGACAGGGGGCAGCCGAUCUAGAGCAGGUGAAGAGGCUCAAGGAGAACUUGACGACACCUGUGGUCAGCAAUGGCAAUGUGCGACUCUGGAAAGACGUAGAAGCCAAUCGUGCAGUGACUGGAGCGGAUGGCAUGAUGGUCGGCGAGACGUUGCUCGGGAACCCUUGUCUUUUCGCAAACGUCCUCCCUGAUCCCGUCGACAUAUCGCGAGAAUAUCUCGACUUAUGCAGGGAGGAUCCAGGUACAGCGACCAUUGAAACGGUGCGAACUCACGUUAGGCACUUCAUCGAUCAUCAAUGUAGUCGGAGACCAUGGUUCAACAAGUUCCGCGCUGAAUUGACUCAAUGCGAAUCACUGGACGAUAUCGAGUACACGCUGCGGAAGGUGCAACGGUGGCGGGGCUUUUCUCCUUCCGCUGCAGAUCCUGCCGCGGAGGCUGAGGAAUGCGAAGAGGAACAUGAGAAAACACUGGACGACGUUCUUGAUGCGAUUGCCCUUCUCAGGAAUUGAAUGCCUCCGAACGCUUAAUCCCGUUUCUCUCUUGCGCGAUGUAUGUGCCUUCGCUUCAGUUCACUGCUUCAAAUGCGCGGACUUGGCUCGGUGGUAUUCAUGCUUCCGUUUACGCGAAAACCUCCUGGUUAAAGGUCCGCACGUACGGUCGCUGCCUCAAUGUACUGUUCUUCUCGUGAGCUGGCAUCCGUUGUUCUUUCCACUCGGGAUCUGACAGUGCACGCUUUCGGACCAAAGCCCACUCACUGCUUCCGCACUCUAUCAUGAUUGGUGGUUUUUAUACAAUCGUCC